AUGCAUAUCGCAGUUGCCCAACACUCCAAAAGUGUGACAAUGGACGUUUACUUUCUUCUUACAAUCCGCGUUCAUUCGGCUAACUCUGAAGGCUGUGGUGCUCAAAUUGAGAAAUUAUUCCAGAAUCCGUACAACGAACUCUGCAAAUUUUUCACUGGUUUCUAUGUUGGUUCGAGUAUUGCCCAAACUCCACAGGCAACAGUUAGGACUCAACCAAAUUUCGAAGCACACCGACCUCAAGCACAUAUUUUGCAGAUUAAUUCAAAUGAAGCUUUUUUUCGUCCUGAGGAAGUUUCGGAUUGGCACAUCUUCACAACACACGAAUCCACUGUAAUGGAACCGAUGAGUACUGGAAUUACGAUGCAAUCAUCACAAUUUGACAUGUUCCAGACGGCUGAAUCAGUUUUCCGUCAUCUUGAGCCUCAGCGCUGGUGGACUUCAGUUACCUACUCGGUUGACUCGAAUACCUGGAAACGAUGCAUUGUGACGCAUUGCAAGAACUCACAAUCAUUGAUCUCGAAUUUAUGUGCACACAAUCUGAGAAUAUCACUGCUAGUGGGUAGAACGAUGCAUUAG